AUGGACGCGACAAAUGGAGCUUCUGCCGCGCCCGUGCCAGCUCCGCCAGCAGCACCAACGGCCAAUGGCGAACGGGAAGACACUGGAGGUUACAAGCUCAAGUUCUGCACUGUCUGCGCCAGCAAUCAGAACAGAUCUAUGGAGGCGCAUCUUCGACUCUCGCAGGCCCAUUACCCUGUCAUUUCCUUUGGUACAGGGUCUCUCGUCCGUCUACCCGGGCCUACCAUCACCCAACCCAACGUUUACCAGUUCAACAAAGUAUCCUACGACACGAUGUACAAGGAACUCGAUGAGAAGGACCGCAGACUCUACACCGCCAAUGGCUUGCUAAACAUGCUGGGAAGGAAUAGGCAGGUAAAAUGGGGCCCUGAACGAUGGCAAGACUGGCAAGUGGGCAUCCCGAGAGUCGAGCAGUCCAAAGACCGUGGCAGCGAGGGAACAGAAGGCGGUGUCGUAGAUAUCGUCUUCACUUGCGAGGAGAGAUGCUGGGACGCCGUGGUGGAUGACCUCCUUAACCGAGGCUCACCGCUGAACCGACCCGUUCACAUCAUCAAUGUUGACAUCAAGGAUAACCACGAAGAAGCCUCGAUAGGUGGCGGGGGUAUUUUGGACCUCGCAGACUCCUUGAAUAAGGCCGCCAAAGAAGAGCGAGAGGCAAUGGGUUCUGCCGUGUUCGAUAUGGGUAGCGCCGCAAGCCGUGCGUCAUUCGAUGAGCGAGUUCCAGAGAUCAUUGGGGAGUGGCAGGAUAGAUGGCCGAAUCUGCCAGCAACAUGGACGUUGGCUUGGUUCUGA